AUGGCAAAAGUCAAAUUAACAGCAAUAGUGGUGUUGUUAUACAUCGGCGUAGUGGCAAUAACCAUUGUCAUAUUCACGAUGUUAGUCAAUGUUAUAGAUAACACUGGGAACCCUACUCGGAGUACAUGGAAUAUUGCUAACUUGAUGUUGAAUUCUGAAGACAUAGGAUUGGAUGGAAAUCACAUGAAAAGUAAGCAAAUCAUAGGAUUUGAAAAUUAGAAGUCGUUCAUUUGAGUAGAUUGGUUAAUGAGUUUCGAAGUGGUGCUGGCCGCCUUCUCAAGAGCUUGCCCCGAAACGUUGGAAUAAAUCAAUACUACUCAGUUGCCAAAAGCAUUGUUCAGUGAUUCAGUAUAUAGAUGUAUUACAGUGUUAGACAGGGAUGGUUGCCGAUCGAUUGAGUGCACAUUAAAAAAACGUUUGCCAUGCUAGUCAGGUGGCAGCAGGCGCAUUCGCAGACACGUAAACGCGAUUUUAGUUGAUGUGUUUGUUGUUGCAUGUUGGCCGAUAAAUCGUCAUAGGCCGCAUAGGUCUGAAAUCAUGAGGAAUGAAUGGUAUAAAAUUCAAUAUAGGCACAUAAUGUUCCAAAAUCAAUCUUUAAAACUAAAAGAACAUGGAAAAGAAGAACAUAUGGAGUAAAAAAUGAAGGCAACGUUCACACGCCGGAAGAGCCCUAUUCACAUUAGAGACGGACAAGUCGUCUAGACGAACAAAUCGUCUUCACAGACGGACAAGUAGUCGAACAAAUUCAGACUUGUUCGUCUAAAAUUUUGUCCGACACGUUUUCACAUCUGAUGAUUUGUUCGACUAAAAGACGAUUUUGAGACGACUUGUCCGUCUUCUAAUGUGAAAAUGGCUACUGACCUGCAUGGGAAAAGAAAUAAUUCACGAUCAGCAUGUGAACAAAUGGAUAACCGAUACUGGAACGGAUUCGUAAUAUUUGCGCGCGUUUUAUCAGUUUUAAUUAGUUUAUAAAUAAACUGUAACAGUUUCGUUCCUGGUUCUGACGUCCGACAUAUAUGCCCUUAGAGUGAAAGUGAAAUCAUAUGUCAGUGAGGCGUAUCGAAACGCAUGCAGUCACAAAGGUGAAGAAGCAAUAUUUGAGGUGUGACGUAACGAAAAUGUACUUGACAAUUUCCGCCCGUUGAUUAUUCGACGAAUUAGAAAGGUUAUAUAGAUUCAGGUAACUUGUGUCCAGCUGUUUAUGAAUGCUGACUGUAAUAUAAUACUCACCCCGACCCAGACAAAAUAGCGAGGUGAUGAAUCCAUCCCGUCUUGACCUUCCCCUGCGGCUGUGCCUUCGUUCAGAAGAAUAUUCAGUUGGAGAAAUUCGUUGUGAACACCGUAUUGAACGAAAGAAGAACAAAGAAGGGAUAUAGUUUCAUGUCUUGUUGUUUUGUACAUGAAUAUAUAGCUAGAUUAUGAACAGCCUUAUUCGUUUCUGGUAAAAGUACAUGCAAUUUAUGAUCUUCCUUUUCUUCAAUUUCACGAAACAGUUUUUCGCAUAGUCUCUCUCUACGGUCCUUUAGUCUUUCUAGAUUCCCAAUCAUCAACACUUCUCCGUAAUCCAUAUGUAUGGAUAAAUGAUUCUUAGCGCUCUCCUCCGAAUUCGUUCGAUUUCUUUUGACAGAUAAACUGGAUCUUGUAAACUGGAACAACAGUAACUAGACCUAUCAUGAGUUAUCCACUUAAUUAACUUGAUGUGUGAAUUGGGUGGCAAUGGGUAUAAACAAACGUUAGCCAAGAGUUUUACAAGCGCUUGUAGAAGCGAAAACGUUUGUGUGUUAAACAUUAUGAAUCGAAAGCAAGAAUGGUUACAACUUUAUAUAUUAUCAUCUUUUGGUCACAACACUUUCUUCUCAAUAGUCACUGAAACGGUUAAAUUCGAUGCGAAUAUUAGCAGAUCAAGUUUGCAUAUAUAGUUUUACACAGCACCAUGCAUACACUAAUCACUAUAGAUAAUUAAAGCCAGUUUCGUUUUAAUUAAAAUUUUAUUAACAUGGGUGACAGCCAAGAUACAGUUUGCCUUAACCAUGCAAUUUAUUUUCAUUUCCUCGAUUAGAAGCUCUUCUUGGGAAUUCAUGCAUCUUCUACGACUUUGUAACUGCAUGUCUGUAUAGUAAUGUAUUCAGUUUAUCCGCACAAAUCAAUAUUUCUCAUAUUCUAGAAAAGCCAGUUGAGAACAUCGUUGACCGCAUACAAAAACUUGGAAAUGUAUUGGAGAAUAUUACCAACAAAAUUGAGUCAAUGGAAAUUAGAGUCAAGAACGGUAAACAGCGAGUUCCUAUAGCAGGAAGAAAAAGUAAGCGAAAUAAUUCCGACUCUCUAUCCACUUUAAUUAAACUGCUUGCAACUUUGUUUUUCUCACCCGAUAAGGGACCGGUCAUUAAUAAUGGGAGGGGGCGGUGAUAAAUACCAAAUAUUGAACAUUUUUUAGAGCCGCCCCCAAUCGCAAGACCUUUAUUUUCAAGACGCCCCACCUUCAUCUAGAAAACUUAGGACCCCCCCUGCAACAUUUAAUUCGUUACAGUUUUUGCCGUGUAUACUGGGGACCAGUAGUCAAAAUGGGUGUUAUUUACUCCGACUCCUAUGGUAAACUGCAUAUACGUAAUAAACUAUGGAAACUACGAUUAUAGGAACUAAAAAAGGUUUAAAUAUUGCCCCCAAUUCAGGCAAAAAUAGUUGAAGCCGCCCCCUUUUCUCACCCACCGCCCCCUCCAAUUAUUAAUUACCGGUCCCUAACAACGGAUAAAGUGAUUCUAUUGAAUUUUCCUUUUAAUGAACCUGAACCAUCUCCCACCCCCACCAUAACCCUAACCUAACCCCUAACCUGGGGGUGAGGGUGAAGAACACUAUUUAUGUUGGAUGGCGGGAAUGAUCAUCCGGCCUCGGUUAUACCGACAUUUCUCAAAUGAGAGAUUUGCGGUAAUAUAUACCGAGUUGAGAACUGGUGACACGGCUAUGGAAUCAGGCCUUUACGUUCACAGACAGGUCUAUAUUGAAUCUGGAGUACGGUGACGUCAUGAAACCAUGUUUGAGAGAACUUUAGCGUAUCCAUGUUUGACAAAGCGAGUCAUUAAUGUAAUUUCCACUCUCUAUUUCACGCGAAAGUAUUCUAUAACAGACAUAUAUAGCCAUAUCGAUUCAUCAGUGAUAUUCUAACUCAUUACUUCUGAAAUCUUUUUACAGCCAAUAAUGAACAUGUUCGACGAAUUUGUCACAUUCCUAAACCAACUACCCAAUAUCCAUUAUGUGAUGAAAAAGUUUCGGUAUAAUAAGUUAUUUUAUUAUAUAGUAGAGAGUGAAGCCCCGUCUACACUACGCUCAAUUUUUGGUACGGCACGGAUAAAAUUGGUACCCGUACCACUUUUUUGGUUGUUGGACUACCUAUUUAGGUAGUCCAAGAACCAAAAAGUGGUACGGUACCAAAAAUUGAGCGCAGUGUAAACGGGGCUUAGCUAAAUAGGUAGUCCAAGAACCAAAAAAGUGGUACGGGUACCAAUUUUAUCCGUAUCGUACCAAAAAUUGAGCGUAGUGUAAACGGGGCUUGAGAUACUGAAGAAUACACAGUGAGAUAUUUUCCAUAUCUUCACUAGUGAAGAUAUCGAUCACGUGACUUUCUCCAAUUUGCUUUUGAACGUAAAAUUUCACAAUUUUUUGCUUGGGACUAUAUAAUAAACAGAACAUUUCACGGUGGCUUGAAGAUAUGACCUUUAUUUUCUCGUGUUAAAAACAAUAUUUUAUUCCCUCGCUCCGCUCGUUCGUAAAAUAUUGUUUUCACCACUCGAAGAUAAAAGUCGUAUCUUCGCGCCGCUGUGUAAUAUCCUCUAUUUAUAUUACUAAGGGGCUGUUCGUAUGGAGCUUAGCUUGGCUGGCCAUGUUAACCGGGAUGAUUCGCAGUGGUGUCAAGUAACGAAGUAAAUGUUACCGUACUUGAGCUAUUUUUGAGAAGUCAGCAUGUAACAAAGUAAACUUUUUCCGGAGUACUUUUACUUGGAACGAAGUCAUUUUAGGAAGUGGCAUUUUACUUCGUUAUUUUCAUUUUGUGGCGAAGUAUUUUGUUACUUUUUAACUUUUGUUUAAUUUUACAUGAUUUAUCCGGAUUUAUUUUAAUUUUGGGAUAGGUAAUACCGUAAUAGGACCUCUAUAUUAGAAUAUUCUUGAAGUAAAAAGUAAAAGUACUGUUGUCUGUAGCGUGUGGGGGGAUUCUCCAAUGCAUGGAUUAACAUACAAAAGACCCAAAACAGCACACGCAUUAUACGCCUGGACCUAUAAAUAUACAAUAUUUCACGGCAUGGUCUACUCUCCAGACCCCGCUGAAGAUAUAAGAAAUUCAUUAAAUAAAUAAUGCUUAUAAGUAAGCCAAGGAUACUUUGUACUUUUUACCGACUUAAGUACGUUUAACUUUUGCCUCCAGUACUUUUUACUCUUACUCAACUAGUCGUUUUAUUGUUAAUUCAGUACUUCUAUACUUCUACUCGAGUACAAAUUCAAAGUAAUCGAGGCACCACUGAAUUGAUUCGUUUAAUAAAACUCUGAUCACGGCUUUGGUAGACAUCCAAAAUAACAUUUCAAAGUUGAAAUCGCUUAAUUUGAUUCCAGUAACAUAAAGUUCAUUCAAACGUUCUUUUAUGGUCAAGAAAACAUUUUCGUGACACGAUUCAUCCCAGCUUUACCCAGGUGGCUGCAUGGCCUAGCUCAUAUGAACAGCCACUAAGAAGUAGAUCAAUUAAUGGAAUCUAUAUCGCUAAUUUGAUUUUCCAGCUAUAUAAAUCACACGGAUAUACAGUAUUUACCACAUGGUACAGGUUUCUGUGAAUUUUAUUUAAAAAAAAAAUGUAAUCAUAUUAACACUGUUUAUCUUAGGCCUCAUGAAAUGCAGAUGCAUGCAACGCAGUGUGACAUUGCGUAUUAUUGAAUCUCGUAAUUUAAACAUAUAUUGCUGAUAAUAGAGUUUUAACUGUAGGUGCGAAAGAUAACAUUUGAUAGUUUUGACUAAAAUAUCAUUUAUAAACAAUAAAAUUGAUAGUUCAGGCUCAGCAACGAUAUCUUUUAAACAAGAAGUCUCUUGACCAGAAGUCAUGCAGUAUAUAAUAUACAUUGUAUCAAAAUUUCGUGUUUAAUUUUUUGCAGUAUGUUCAAAUAAACUGGGGAAUGCCUUGUUAUGCCAUGGAAAAUAACAUACGUCACGAUGAUUUAUGUUCCAUCCUCAUUUAUUUGAGCGAGGUAUAUGUUUGUUACACCAUGGCCAUUAGAAAUAUUCUCCAACACUGUCUGCUCAGGAACCGCUAAAAAUGACUACGCCCAUGGAUUAUUUUACUCAACUUUGUUUAAGACGACCACUCCAUAAUGUAUUGAUGGGCGAGUUUCCAAAAUUUAGGGGUUAUCACUUAUCAGUGGUUAGCUAGCCACCAUUCAGCGCGUAGGAAUCGAGUACAAUGGGGGCAUAUUCCCAUUCUUUUAAAAGCCUAUUCCAGAUGACACAAAACUUUGUGAAAGAUUUCUCGACAGCCACUUAUGAUGAAAAUGAUGUACUUUUCCAACCUUGUUUCCAGGCUCUUUCCUCUUGUAGAGGUAAGAGGAACUAGCCUGGGGACGAGAUUGGUACUUCUCGACGUUUCGAGCGAAGUCCUUCAUCAAGAGAGUAUAUAAGUAUAAGAGACCUUAAGAAAAAUGUCCUUUAAGGUCCAUUUUCCGGAAGAAAGGAAAUGUUAUAAAAUGUAAUUGACCAUCACAAAUUUUCCGUCAGAGAAAUUUCAACUUUUAGCAAUGAUAUUUUGGGAAAAUUUUCUGUCCGUGGAAAAUUUCCUUGAGUGGAUCCGGAAUGAGCCUUAAGACAUAGUGCCCCCAACUAUCUGCAUUGCUUUCUACGCGACUAAACCCCUGGCGCUAAUAGAAUAUAGAUAGUGUUAUUAGAAAAUGUUGUUGAUAAUUCAGUUAAAUAUAUGUAAAUAGGUCGAAAAAUGGUGUGCACGUCUACCAUGGAGAAAAAUAUCUUCAACUUCUAAACGCAAGCCUGACACAUUUGACAGAAAGGUUUGUACAUUAUACAUUAAUACAUGCGCAGCUGCUUAAUUAAAUACUGAAUUGUUGCGUCGUAUAUAUAGGAACCUACAAGACUACAAAUGUAUGGUUAGCUAUAUAGAUGUUUUAAUUUUGUGAAAUACAGAUGAUGCAGAAGAUGAUUAAUUUAUGUCAACAGUAAAACAUUAUGUUUGUUUAAUUUUAAAAAAACUCCAAACAAAAUUAGAUUAUUUCAUAAAUUACAUCACGAAUACUUCCUUGGCCUGUAUGGGGGCCUCGCUCUCAUAGUCUCAUGAAUUAAGACAGAAGGUAAUUCGCUUGCGAGUCGUGAGCAUGAGAAUCACUGCAGGCAAAGGAGAGAAAGAGCUUGCUAACCCCAUAUAUAGUUAAUACAAAACUAUCUUUCAUCCACAAACGGGUGAUGCCUGUUGAUUUAAGUUGCCAAAGAAAGGGGAAAUCCUUGGAUCUUGUAGAUAAAGUGUAAAACUAGAAAUCCUAAAUUGGUAUUUUUUACAGAUUGAAAUUCGCAGAACUGUUGAUGGUUUGAUUGCAGAAUGGUUUAGCGAUCCAAAUGUCCGGUGGAUGAAAAACCGCAUAACAUCAAUGAAGCAGGACUGGGCCGCAGCUAUUCUUUCUCUUAGUCAAAAGAGACCACUAACAAAACGUGCGAAAAAGAAGGUACGUUAAAACUUCUAGACGUUAAAGGGACUUUCUCCUGGAAAUAAAUGAGACUAAUACUGACGGCUACUCAUUUCUAUAUACAUGCGCAAGAGAUGGAGUAAAUGCAUGUAGUGUAUAGGAGGUUUCUACACCUUGAAAGGCGAACAAAAAUUUUCAAAAGCAUGACAUUGGAAGCAAAACAAUGAUGCAAAAUUACUUCUUUUAAAUUUAAAAAUUUUGGAAAGCAUGGCUUAAUGUUUGCCAUUAAAUAUUACUAAAGUCACUAAAGGAAUACCAAAUGGUUUUCUGUGCAGAAUAGAGUCAUCCAUGCAUGCGAUUUUGCGAGACCUUUCGAAAGUCGAGCAACAUCCCCAGUGCAUGAAUGAUGCUGUUAGUUUAUAAAAUAACUACAGUGAAACAACAGUUUCACUUUCACUGUGGUUAUUUUCCAUGCACCCAUAGUAUGCCCGUUCGCUAUUGGCCAAUCAAAUUGUAUGUUUCACUGUAGUUAUAACAUAAGUAGUUUCGUUCAUUAAAAUGAUGUUUUAUCAAUUUUAAAACCAGAUAAAUCCACCUUCAACUCGCUCCAGGGAUUGCGCGCUUGACCUAGCGCAUGCGCUGUCCAAGUUACCCAUAUGUCAUAAGCAAAUAAAAUUUUAUUCCUUCUAUAUAGUGGUUUGUUUAAGAGGUCGUUUAAGAAACGUUUUAACAGAAACUAGUGAAUUUGAUUGAUUGCAUUUCCAGGGCUCUGGAAGGUCUCAGAUUUCAAAAAUGGCUUCGCGGUUCCCUGCAUUUCCCGGACAAAAAUUACCGACAAUCACGGCUCACCCCCAGACAUUUCAACCACGUUGCACGACACAAAGGCUGUGAUUUCACGAGAACAAAUAUAGGCAAUUCACGACUUGCGAAAAUACAUCCUACCACACUGAUAUUGUAAGCUAAAUUGCUGAAUAAAAUUACAAAUCUAAACGUUCGGUUCUUUUUGUUUUAAUUAGAUUGUUGUUUUCCUCGGAGCGUUUGCAGUCGAUCCUAGAAUUUUGCGUCAUGCUUUUUCUGGUGGUGCUUUGGGGGAGAUGGUUCAGUGGAGUGACAUCAUUGUAUCACUUUAUCUUCUUGGUCAUGACCUCGUAGUCGUUAAAGAUCUAAGUGAAUUACAAAGGUUGGUAAUAAUAGCAAUAGGUUUUGAUGGGUGCUGAAUAAUGUUUCUUCAGGCCCGUACGUAACUAGGAUUUGAGCUUUUCCGAGUCGAGCGCUGAAGGCACGAGAAACCUCUUGGGAGGAGGGGGUGUCUGGGGCAUGUUCCUCCCCUAGAAAAUUUCUGUCAAUUUUUAACGUUUAGAAACGUUAUUUUUUGCAUUCUGAAAGCAAUUAGUUAUGAUUAUAAUUGUAUAUAUGUCUCAUAAUUAUUCGCCAAUCCUAAUCAGAAAUACAAAUAUUCUUGGUCCAACAUGAUCAGGUGCAUAAUAAUAAAGAGAGUGUAAACGCUAAGUAAACCUACACUUCUGUUGUUUGGGUACUUGGUGAGCCUGCCACGCAGGCUAGGUCACCAUGUGUGAACUUACUGACGCUUCAAGCAGCUGGAAAUAGAACCCUUCAUCAAAAAUUCUUCCGAUCUUUCUUUGACCUUGUAGUCUCUCUCCUCCGCAGAGGCUUUAAUUGGCUAUGAAGGCGCGAAGCUUCGCGCCUUCCUUCGCCUUUCCCUUUGCUGCCUGCGCUCCUUCGCCCAGCGGCUCGGCUCGUGUUCCAAGAUCCGCCAUGUAAAGUGUAGUGAAAUGUAUCUCAUCGUAAUAUUAAAUCCUAAGAAAACUAAAGCCUCUGCGGAGGAGAGAGCCUUGUAGUCUUUUUAAAUUUUACCCCGGAAAUUCUGACCGAGACAACUGACUCUGACUCAUAGCUAAUUACGGGCCUGUUUCUUUUGUAAGGGGAAACUGCAGGGUAAAAAGAAGGGAAAUAAUUUAUUGAAAACGUGGAGGAUAAAAAGAAAAUCUAAGCACGCGAGAUUCUAAAUUUAAACUCCUCUCAGUACGUUUGGACAAUUGUUAAUUCAUUUAGGUGUACAUUUCGUUUAGGAACUUAACACUAUAGAUCUACAAAAAAUGUUCCCAUGCAGUUCUGAAAAGAGGAUCUAAAGUCACAAGUUCAAAGCAUUUUACUGUUUGAUUACAUUCCAUGUUUCUAGUCUGUUUAGUUCCUAUGUCCCAACUAUCGUUAAUAAUUGAUAUUUACAGGUAUAUACCAGUACCAAACGAAAAUGGAUGUAUAAAUAACCGCACAGUGCGCCAGUUCCAAUAUGAUUUACUAUACACAGAUGUCAGUGGUAUCGGCUUUAUAAUCAAUACAUUUGGUCCUUAUUGGUCAGAGUUAAGGUAAUAAUUGAGAAAAAUAAAGACUGAAAUAUUUAAUUUUAAGUUACCAUAAUCCUCAAACUUAAAAUACAUGCAUGACCGUCAUUUUCCAACCUUGCACUUGGGUAUAAUAUACUGUAAACCUUAAAGUAUGAAAAGAUUUUCUACUUUUUUGAGCAUGUUUGAGGAAUUUGCAGGACAUGAUCAGAUCUCAGAACAUACGACAACUAUACCAGUUCCAUCAGGGAAGAAACUAAUUUGCAAGUCAAAGAAUUUCCCACCUUUCAGGGAGGAAAAUGCUUCACCACAAACGAACUUCACUAGACUAAGUUCAGUUCGACCUUGGUCAGACUAAGUUUGAGUUCUGGGCACAGAAUAGCGACAAAUUUAAAGGUUCACCAAAGUGCCCAAUACUUAUUUCUAUUAUCAAACCAUUACUUUAUGCAGAUGUAAGACGAGAGUAGUGGAUUCGUUUGGUACCGAAGCUGAAUUCAACUAUAAAAAGUUCAGUGCCAGGGACAGCAAGUAUCAGUCUCAAUGGGGAAACCUGGAGUUGAAUUUGAGACAAUUCAUGACCAUGUUCCGUAUGUUCUAGUUACCAGUAAUGUAAACAUGCACAAAAAAUUUUGCACAAUAACGUGAUACUCAUUAGAGUCUUCACCUUCGCUAUCCCGCUCCAUGCUUGCAUGUAGGCAUGUGUAUAACAACCAAAUGGUGAUCAUGAAUGCGGCAGGCUCACUGAGACAAUAUGGGACUGAUAUAGCUAUAUAAUCUUAGUUGAGACAAUUCCACCAUCUAAUUUAUUUCCUUUUAACAAGAAUUUGCGUUCUCCAGUUAAAACAUGCACUACUAAACCCUUGCUCCCAAACUCAAUGUUCAAUUUGUGUCAUGGUAAAUUACCAUGCUUGUUUGAAGGCGUUUGUUCGCAACAUUAACCUGGGGCCAGUUGUUCAAAGCUGUUAACUUAACCCAUGCAAGACGUGUACAGAUACAUAAACUAAAACAGCAGGUUAAAUUUUAAGCUACAGAUAGGGCUAAUCCAACUUUGAACAACCGGCCCUUGGAGGAGAUGGCAUGAUCAUGUAUUGUUACUGAUGUCCAUCAUUAACUUGGAAUAUUUUAUGGUCUCAACUGCGUGUUUUGUACCAAAUUGUAAGACUUUUAUCUUUUAAUGUCUUGAGGACUAGAAUGGCACUACAGAUUCCACUGUAAAAUUUAAAUGAAAUCAUAAGAAGUUUCCGAAAUUAUUCAAAUAUUUCCAAGCUUGAAACUAUAUGUACACAAAUAUUGAUGGUUCUUCCCUCAUUUACAUGACGCUCAUGUGAAUAAAUGCAUAUAUUUAACAUUUUUCAGCUCACAGCCCAGAUAAUUCAUUUAUUGGUUUUGUUUCUGGUGCGGCAAACCGAACUUCAAAAAGAAGCAAGAAGUAUGCAAAACAGAACAUGGCUUUGGUCUAUGCAAAACAGGAUGGUUACUGGAUUGUGAGUUACAUGCAUUGACAUUGUAGAAAAAACUAGUAAUCCAAAGUUAGCAUAUUCGCGUGAGUAAUUAGAUAUUGAGUUUAUCGAUAUUUUUUUAUACAGCAACAACUGCAAGAAUAUCAGGCUUUUAGCUGAGCAAUGUGCUAGUGAUAUACCUUUUUUGUAUAUUAUAAGGGAAAAUAAUCAAGUAUACGAAUCAUGCAAAUAUUGCCGUUCGAAACCACAUUUUUUUCACUUUUGGGAAUUGAGUGCAAAAUAAUUUGCUAAUAAUAAUCAUUCUUUUUUCAAAAUCAUGCAGACAUUUAUCGAUUUUAAGCUUUAUUAAUUUUAAGCGGCUACAUUAUCCAUGACAAACUGCAAAGAAUGAAGAUAUUACCCAUACUUUCCUGCAACUUAUCCAAUAAUUAUAUAUAUUAAUUAAAUGAUACGCCUAAUAAAACUAUCUAUCUAUCUCGUUGCCCAUUUAGUACCACCAAACUGUAAACUUUUGACAUACUAAAACGCUGUUUUCUGACCAUCAAAAUUCUGUCAAAUCUUCGCCAAAGUCCAGAAAAUGGCAUUUCAGAGACUCUAAAUUUAAAAAUUUAAUUCCUCGGGCCUUCGGUCCUCGCUUUCAGCCCCACCAAUCAAAAAGAGCUUCCUACGGCCCUGAAACUUAAAAAGCCCUAAUUAUACAUAAUGUAGUGUCAGUUCUGUUUUGAACUUAUUGUCAAACACGUUAAACGUUAGCGAUAAUACACCCAAUAUUGCACGUACAAGAGCAUGCUAAACUAUUUGUCUAAAGUAAUUGGAUUAUACCUUUUUUUGCGCUACACUCUGUAUAAUAUUAUUGAAAAAAUCACUUGAUAUGGAAAAUACACAAUAAAAAUCUAGCCAGCAAUAUAUAUAUUGGCCCAUGAUAAAUUGAAAUAAAUUGAAAUAUAUAUUACACGCUUUUUCAUGCAAUGCGGAAAAAGGUCGCAGCAAUCGUUAAUUGGCAGCAUUUGGCAUAGUGAGUCCACUUCUAUAAGACUUAAUCUCUUAAUUAUAAGUCGUGCAACGCUUCAUGCAACUUCGCUUGCCAUAAUUUUGGUCAUAGCCAUGACGCUGGUUCAUGCAAGUUUUAUGAGAAAAUGCACGGUGUAGCUGCGCUUUAAUGAACAUGUUUUCUCAACUUUGCAUAAAAAAGUACUGUACUGAACUUCCCCUGGGCAUGCAAAGUUAACAUUUUUCAUGCUCACUUGCCCGGUUUCAAUUAUUCCAUUUCUCUCAAUGAGAAUAAGAAGAUGAGUAGUGAACUUGGUAUGUACAGCAAAUCGGUUAAUUGAAACAUGCAAAUAAGUGCUGGCAACGUGAAAAUUAUAUAAUACUUUUGGAAACACCACGUAAAUACUAAUAAAUAAUUUACGUGGUGUUCGUGGUGUUUAAAUAAUUUACUAAAUAAUUUGUGGUGUUUCCACAAACAAAACGUAUUAUAUAAACGUUUUAUCGCCAUGCAAUCCUACAAACGUGAAAAUUGUGGAGGAAAAUGUAAAAGUUUACACGAAUAUAAAACAUGUUCAGUUAUGCAGAAACAUGCAUAUAGUGCAUCAGUAUACUAAAGUUGCUGGAAAAGUGCAUAUCUUUAUAUUAAAUGUAGAUUGCAAACCGGAGAUAUCUGGACAAAAUUCAUGAAUAUGUUGACAUUCAUGGGACCUUUAAUGUAAGAAAACUGUUCAUAAUUUUAUUUAAUAAUUUGAGAACAUAUUCAUAAAAGGAGCUGCUGUGGAAAAUUGAGGAAAUUUGAAAUUAAUUUUUUGAAAAUAUAACAAUGUUUAAUCGAACUUUUGUUUAGCGAACACUUGGACUUGGUGACUUGCCAUAUUUCAUACCAAAAUACGUCAUCAACCAUGGAGUUGUGAACGGAACUACCAUAGACAAAAUGUUGCAACAAUCAAAGGUACUUUAUAAAAUAUUUACAUAUAGAGCAGAUUCAAUUAAGGUUGUCCUUCCGAAACCUUAAACCUUAAACUCUGAGCGCGCAAGGGAUGAUGGGUUUUCAAUCACCUAUUAGGCCCUUAAACUCAGAAAAUUGCCUUUGCAGCAAGUAUGUUUUCUGUUGCGAGUCUUCUAUAUGUCUUUGGUAAUCUUGCAAAGCCUAAUUUCAAAGUUUAUGGGUCUAAAUAAGCAAUGACCCAUCAACCCUCGCGCGCUCAGAGUUUAAAGUUUAAGUUUUUCGAAGGACAACCUUAAUUGAAUUAGCUGUAUAUUUAGGGCGCAUAGCGUAGUAGGCAAAUAAAUGAAGAAAAAUAUACGCCAUGAACUUCAUGCAUGCAUGGCAAUCAUUAUACUAGCCUACUCGCAGACGUUGUAUUUCUUUUUGUCGCUUGGCGUAUAUUAUCAAUCAUAUGAAUUUAAUACAGUCUUAGAAGUUGAAGACAUGGCCGGUUUUAUGCGGCUUGAAAUGCAGCCGUUGUAUCAAGACGUAAAAAUCUGUGAUUAGGCGUUGUAAACAGAACGAGGACAAUGUCUAAAUUAUUCAAUUCUUUUCAAUGAUGUAUUGUAUUUGGUAGCCGUUGCCGUCGCGUUGCCGUCCUAAAUCGUAAGGUCUCUAAUUAUUAGACAGGUUCAGAUUUGACUUCCACUACCACUACCGCUACCUUAAAUGUGUUACGCAUGCGCAGUAACUGCAAGAGCGUGAGGAAAUCGUCGCAUGUUUUUGUUUUGGGACCGUAACAAAGCGAUUUAUGGUCGUCGGGAGAAGUCUAAUCUGAACAGGUCUAAACAGUCUGUCGCGACCGCUACCAAUGGAGCCGUCAAAGGUAGCGGUAGUGGUAGUGGAAGUUGAAUCUGAACCUGUCUAACACUAGUACGACGGUCCGAGAUUACGGGUUGAAACCUUUGGGAAAUAAAGCUUGCGAAAGAACUAAUCUUGGUAUUUGUCCUGCAAACCUACAAUAUUAAGGCACUUAUUAAAUUAAAAGAUUCAAGAUAAAGCAAGUAAACUGGAAGAGUCAUGUACAUAACUACAUAUAGUUCAAAGUGAAAAUGACUUUGUUAAGGUCAUUAUAAUAUUAUGAAAUUAUAUGUUGUGUAGGUUUUUGUUGGUCUUGGCUUUCCUUAUGAAGGACCUGCACCUCUGGAGGCAAUUGCAAAUGGGGCAGCAUUCUUAAACCCGAAGGUUAGUCUUUGUAUAUUUAUUCAUUAGCUUGACAAUGAUAAGAUUGAUGGUAAGGACGAUAGAACAUAUUAGUCAAGUUCAACCAACCAAACAUCACAGGCGGAAAAACUUGUGAGUGUCCAAAGCCAGGGCAAAGUUUGAAGGGUAAACACAGCUUUAUAAUUAAAUCCCACCACAAUUAUUUGAAACUUGCAGGGCUUUCUCGCGCCAGUCCCGCCAGCCUAAAAUAAAGCGCUAGGAUUGUAGUUGUCUAAAGAGUCGUGAUUAAUAUUAACAAAAACCUCAAAAUGUAAAAAUAGGCACACUAAGCGUACAUGAUACCAUAUAAUUCCCUUUGGAGCAUACUUGCCUUGGAGCAUACUUUGUGUUUCAUAUAAUCUAUCGUUCUUUAUCGGUCAUUACUCUCGAUUUCAAUUUGCUUUUCAAAACUGACUUCUAAUGUUUACUUGUAAUUUCGGAAUGUUCGUUGUAAAGUUCCAAAGUUUGUUUCGAAGUUCGUUACGAUGAUUUACGAUGAUUCAAUAGCAAGCGAUUUGAUUGGCUGGUUCACUUAACUAGCCAAUUACAACUUACUAAACUUGAUUAUCGUAAAUCAUCGGAACGAACUUUGAAACAAACUUCGGAACUUUACAACGAACAUUUCGAAUUUACAAGUAAACAUUGGAAGUCAGUUUUGAAAAGCAAAUUGAAAUCGAGAGUAAUUAAACUGAAUGUUGCAAUGUAGCUUGGCAUAUGCGCUUUUCUCAAACUGAAAGCUCGACCCGUUCUACAACAAAACCGAGAUGUUGGAGGCAGUACAGUGUUUAUACUAAUGAGUGUGCCUUUCAGGCUCAUGCCACCAGGUUAAAUUCCAGCAACAUGUGCUACACAAGGACGUCGCUACCGGGUGAGGGGGUGUAAAACUUGGUCAAAAUAUCUGGACACCCCGCCCCCCAAUGUUAAUGACUUUGCGACGUCGCUGACCAAACACCAUGCACUGUAGCUUUUCUCUGAAGUAACACUGGAUCAAUUAGCCGCCUCAGGCUCGGUGACAACAAACCUGAAAUCAUGAAAUCAAUAGAAAGGUUACAAAAUUCUGGAUUUUUUCUUUAAGCUGCAUGCGAAGGUUGAAAUAUUCGUGCAUGCUUUUAUAUUUUGUUUAAAUCUUUCCAACUGUGCUUGCAGUUUGUACCUUGAGUGGGAGUGUAUAAUAAAACAAUUAGACAACCUUUAAUUUAUUUUUCUGUGACAGUAAAAUCUUCCUGUUUUGUUCCGAUUAAUACAGACGAGUAAAUGUUUUUAAAAACGAAACUGCAGGUUCACACCUCCACUUCGGUGAACAAUUUGUAUGUUAUGUAACACGCGCUCAAAACUAAUGCGUAUAAUAUACCACUUGAGGUCAUGACUAAAUUCAAAAUUUUUAUUUUUCGAUACGUUUUUCAAUCGGCCAACAAACUUAAAAAGUAUGUUUAGUGCUUUAUCUGUAAAAUAAUGCUAAAAUGAAGAGAUUUUAGAUGAUACGCCAAAGAGAAAACGAUGUCUGAAGUUCAGUAAGUUUUGCUUGUAUGGCUGUAUAAGAUAUGGCGUCAAUUUUAAAGCAUCAUUUAUAAUUGUAUUUUAAUUGACAACUAUUAUUUUAUGUUUCUCAACCGGCAGAUGCAUUUAAAAAGGUAGCUAAGUCUAUAAUUAUAACUAGAGAAUAAAACUAAAACAAAGUAAUUUUGAGAAGAACGCCAAAAAGAUUGUAGGUUUUGAAAACUUUUCAUUGCAAAUACGUGACAUUGAAAAAAAUUGCCUCUUAAUUAAACUACUAAAAUAUGUAAUUGUAUUUAUGCAGUUUCCAGUCCCUCACAACAGAUACAAUUCCGAGUUCUUCGCUUCAAAACCAACAAGAAGACAUGUUACGUCACAAAAUCCUUAUGCUGAGCAAUUUAUAGGAGAACCUUACGUGUAUACUAUUGAUAUAACGAAUGUCACUCAAGUUACCAGAGCGAUGAAAAAAAUUAUGAAAAAACCGGUAUGUUCUUCAUUUCUAUCGACCACAAAUACUCAAGAAUCUGAAAAAUAAGGCAUGUCCCUAAUCUAGUAAUCUAUAGUAUAACCUCUUGGCAUAAAGUUCCAGAAUUCAAGUUUAGUCUAGACGGAAGAAGAAGUAAAUUAGUGAAGCGGAAAACUAGUUUGAAAUGGUUGCCCCAUAACGAAUUAGAUAAAGCCAUUGAAUCAAUGGCGAAAACGAUUGAUCAUGUAUAAUUGUCCAGUUAUGAGAUUCAUGAUUGAAACCGCAGUCUAAUAGUAUAACCAAGUGUAAACUGAAUAUACAUCAUACACGAAGCAUUUUAUCUUAACUUCAGUGCAGUUCUAAACAAAGUUGUAAAUAUAAUUUAUUUCUAUAUUGUGUUUUAGUUGAGACCGUAUCUUCCUUAUGAAUAUACCCAUGAAGGAAUGCUGGAAAGGAUAAGUGCACAAGUAGAACAUCUUGUAAGACAAUUUAUUUCUUGCUAUCAAAUUAAUAUAUCUUCCUUUUCGGUGUAUUUUUUCCUUUUAGAUAAUAUACUUAUUCAAAACAAAACGACUUUGUUUUAUUGAUUUCUGUUGGUUAACAUAUUGCAUGUAUACAUAAUUAUAAUUAUACUGACUUAUAUUUAAUUCAUUCGAUUUUAAUUAUUAUUUGUCCAAUCUAUUAAUAUAGUUCAAUGCCCAGUAGAUUGUAAAUUUUCCUUUUGUAGACGCAUAGAAAAUAUCUGAUGCAAAGAUCAAUAUAUAAAAUUUUCACUUUCUGAAAGAGUAAAUGUUUUACCAUAAUUAAGUAUAACCUUUCAUUUACGUUUAUACUAUAAUCUAUUACUAGAAAAUAAUGUAGUUUUUUGCUGAAUCCUGCACCGUGACUUAUUUCAAUACACCAAAAUAAUACCGCCUCACAUCUCGUCCUGGCAAAGCGGAUAAUGUAGACAGCCUCUUAUUCAGCAAAUUACGCUUGCUAGCUGCCUUUGAUGCCUUGGGGGUGAGGCAGCACUUUCCUUGCGAUAGUAACUUCUAGUUUAUAUAUUUCCAGAAUUUCUGUCAAGAUAGCCAGUGGCCACCAUUAAAGAAUAUGAAAACAGUCAAAGGAAAAUUUAGCCAGUCUUGCAAGGAUGCCUGCUGGGAAAAAGGUGAGCAGUUUAGAUUGACAGUUAAUAUAGGUGUUUUAUACGAACGUGACUAUAAGCACGCUUAACCAUACAAGAGGCAUUUAAGAAAUUGCAUGAUCUUAGACUUAGUCGGAUCAACCCUGUGUAUUGAUUGAAAAUGGCUUAUGUUGCCGAAAUAUGCUUAUAUUAAAGCCAUAUAUGUUUGAACCACUUUUAUACUAAUAUAUAUACAAUCAUCAUUUUCCUUAUUUUCAAGGAAUGUUAUGCGAACCUUCAUACUGGGACAUUUUAAAUCAAAUGAUUUCGUUUAGGAGGUGAGACAUUAAAGUUACUAAUCUUACUAAAUCCGUACUAGGAAUGCAAGUCUCAAAACCAAAGUUCUUUACAGCACAGUUUUAUCAAUGAUAUUAUUUGUAAUAUACGCAGCAUGAGCUAUAUAGUGCCGUGUUGUAUAUAAAAUUCUGUUCCAUCCUCAUGAAAACGUUCGUAUUCUUCAAAAGUAUUGAAAAUGAUAAAAAACCUGCACUACACUCUACAGUAUAUGAGUCAGAAUGUUUAUGUGAAUCAGCACGAUUUUGGACAUUUUGUCACGACCAUGAUUUCCUUUGUGUUUUGCUCAUGAAAUAUGAAAUAACAUUUUACAUUUAUCCGGUAUCUUAUAUACCAAAAAAGGUAACGUUUUUAUAAGAACAUUUCUCGAGCCUUCACUGAAGACUGAAAAAAAAGCGAGGAAUUUGGGUAAAUUUUGAAAAAGGAAUUCUGGGCGGAUAUUUACCUAAGAGUAUGAUUAUGAUAAAUUAGGCGCCUAUAUUAAAACCAAGUAUUAACGAUAUAUGGGCUUCAUAAGCUAGCUAAACAAUUUAAGUACUAGUUAAAACAUUCGCAUCCGAUCUUUAUCUGAUAAUGAUAUACAAACUCUCGCCUUCAGCGGCGAGAGUUUGUAUAUCAGAUAAAGAUCGGAUGCGAAUGUUUUAACGUGCUUAAAAAACGACCAAUGAGUUCUUUGGCGAAGUAAUUUUAAAAAUAAACAUUGUCUAACCCGAGAAAAUCAAAGCUGAAGAGUGAAGUUUAUGUAAAUCAGGACAGAUCUUUAUCCGAUUUACAAACAUUGUGAAUUAUUAAUGAGAUUUUUAAUUUGUAUAUUAAUUACUUUGUCUUUCUUGUUAUGCUCAUUGCCAAAAAAUAAAGUGUAUGCAAUUUGGUUUAUUUUCUUUAGGGAGAGAAUAUUUUGUGAUUCUGUAAAGUAUAGUGGUUUAUUAGUGGCACCAUCGUAUGAGGAAAAGACAAAGAUUUGUCAUUUGCAACAACAACCAUUGUUAUACAGUUGUGUUUCUUCCUCUGCCUCGCACAUGAGACUUUGUCCCUGUCGUGAUUACAUUAAAGAUCAAGUUGCCUUGUGCAAAGACUGCUGGUGA